UUGCACUAAAAUAAUUCUUCUGGAUACUUAGCAGCCAAUUAUGAUAAAAGAAAACAUAUUUCCAUAUUCAACUUUCAAAUACGUCACAUAGCAUUUUUCCGAAUAAAAAUCAAAAGUUAUUCUUCAAAAACUAACUCAAAAAUAAUGUAGAUAAUUUUCGCAAAGCAAACAAAAGAUAAAUUUCUGUUUAAAUUCAAAAUGGGUACAAUAAGAUAUUGCAGCCAAAUCAAAAGUUUGAAUCACAUUUUGGCCGUGAGCAACCACAAUAUCGGACAAGGCAUUGUUGUAACAGGUCGUUACAAGAGUUACUCGAAGGACAAGGAUUGCUGCCGGGACGUUCCGCAGACGGAGGGCAAAACGGUGGUGCCGUGGCCUCGCACGCCCAUGUGGCCAUGCAACUUCCCCGAGGAGCCGCAGCCCCCCAACUACGAUCCUUACAAGAUUAAAUCACCGGAUGUCGUCGUGCCACCUCUCCCGCCCAGUAAUGCCAAGCCCAUGUUGGAGUGCCAGCGCACGAAGGGUCCGUGCUCGUUGAAGCCGGUUCCCGAUCCGCCGCCUUGCCCGCCUCCGCCGCCUCCGCCCUUUCCCUGGGUGUACGUGUGGGGUCUCACCACCUUCCUCGGGACUGUGGGCUUGAUUUACAAAUUAUAUUUAUGGAAAGAAGAGCAGGAUAAACUUGGAGAAAAUAUACCAAUUUGGCGUCCAAGGCGUGUUAUAAAGCGGCCAUUCCACGAGAAGGAUCUACCGGCUUGUGUCCAGUAUUUGAUAAUCGGCGCGGGCGCGGCCGGCUGGGCGGCCUACAACUCUAUUAUAGAACACGACAAAACCGCGAAGGUGUUUUUCAUAGCGAAAGAAGACUGCUUGCCGUACAAACGACCCCCGAUGUCUAAGUAUAUGUGGUGGAACCCCGAGCCGCCCGAUAUCAAGAACCUUUACUAUGUUCAGGACUGGAAGAAGAAAACGAUGUACCAAUCUGAGUGCCACAACUUUCUGGACCCUGUGAAGUUCUACCGCAAGAAGAAGGGCCCGGCGGUGUCCAUAGCGACAGGGUGGUGCGUGCUGCGCGUCGACGCCGAUAGCCAUGUCGCCUGGAUCAAGACUCUCUGCGGCGAGCAGCCCAUAUACUACGAGCGAUGUCUGAUAGCACCAGGUUCCAAACCGAAGCAGCUGUCGAUGUUUAAAUCCGCUCCCAAGGCGGUUCGUGACCGCGUGUGCAAUCUGCGCACUAUCCGCGACCUGGAGAUCGCAUACCGUAGCGUCAAGAAAUCAAAGCACGUGGUGGUGAUCGGCGGCGGCCCGCUCGGCUGCGAGCUCGCCUGGUACCUCGGCAGGAUGAAUAAACUGGACAAGGAGUUAGAUCCGGAUCAUGAGCCAGUAAAGAUAGUACACAUUUACAAAGACAAGGGCAUCAUGGCCAGCGUGAUCCCAGAGUACCUGGGCGAGUGGGCAGCUGAGAAGAUCAGGAAGGAAGGCGUCACCAUUAGACCUAAAACUCAAGUAUACGACGCCUUCCAGUCUGAGGACGGUCGUCUGGAAUUGACGUUGUCUGAUGGAACGUCACUCGUCACAGAUUAUGCAUUUGUGGCGGUGGGCUCACAACCGCGUAUGGACCUGGCAGAGCCUUCGUACCUCGAGGUUGACGACGUCAAUGGCGGCUUCGUUGUCAAUACGGAAUUGAUGGCGAGGACUCAUUUAUACGUUGCUGGUGACGCGGCUAGUUUCUACUCGCAGUGGAAGGACACGCGGCUGCGCCUGGAUCACUAUCUCAACGCACAGGAGCAGGGCUACGUGGCGGGCGCCAACAUGACCGGCUACUGGACACCUAGCAACAUGGAGCCACACUACUGGUUAAGGUUUGAGGAGGAGCUGCAGAUGGAGGUUGUAGGCGAGGUGGGCGCGUGCAUGCCCACCAUUGCCAUCUUCAAGCAGUGCGCGGAGGAGGCGGCCAAGACGACGCAGGCGCCAGCGGGCGGUGGCGGCGGGGACAGACCCUGUUAUAAAAAGACCAACGAGUACCAGAGCCGGUACCUGCGCGGGCUACUCAUGUACAUGCGCGACGAGACUGUGGUCGGCUUCGUCUUCUGGAACAUGCCGCCAAUAGACGACCGCGCCGCCGUCGCCACUGAGAUAUUGCGCGCGAAACCGUCGUACAAAGACAUCGACCUGAUCGCAGAUCUGCUCGGCUUCGUCGACACCAAGUGCAUUUACAAGAAGCAGGAGGAGUUGAUUGAGAAGGGUCCUUGCAUUAAGAAUUGGAGAACAUUCUAGAAAACAGAAAAGGGAAGAA